AAUCGAAAUAAGAGUAAGCCAGAAGGAUUAACAAGGAAAAGAAUAACAAAUAGAAGAAACAGAGGGAGAGAACGUGCAACAGAGAGCGGAGAGAGAGAGAGAGAGAAAGAGAGGAAGAGACAAGGAGCCACUGCCUGUCUAUUAACUUAACAUAGAGAAUUAUUGACUGAAGAAGAGCAGACUUGCCAAUAAUUGUUCACAAGAUGACUGAUAUAAAGCCGAAGUUCAGAGAUGAGGCCAUGUCAAGGUCCCAUGGGACGUCUCUUCCCAAUUUGCCACAGUCACAAACGAUGAAAACACUACCGGUGGCUCCAAUGGUGAAGCCAAGUGCUUCAAUGGUAUCACUCCCUAAAUUUGAUUUUGUGAAAGAUGACCAAGUAGACUCCUUGGACCCCACUUUGACAAACAGCUCUAAAAAGAGACAUACGUUGCUACAAUCACCUUCAACUCAAUCAAUCCAGCAUUCUAGUUUAAGCUUGAUUGACAUGUACCGAGAUCAGUCAAGUGGUUCUCAGGAAUCUGAUACCGCCACAGAUAUCAUGGCUUUGAACGUUAGUGGGGCAAUGAUCUCUGAGGUAUCACUUAUCAACGGAUCUCAAUCCACAUUUGCAUCUGCUCAUGACUUAUUGGUGCUGAGGAACUCCAGAACUAAUGGGUCAAAAGUGAGACUCUGUAUAGAAGAGAGUCGUACAGUGAUAUCAUCAAAUCGUGAUAGAUAUGGGUUCAAAAAAGCAACAAAUUUCAUCACUGAAGAACAGUACAAUAAUUGGUGGAUCGGAUACGCCAGUCAUUGUGCCAGAAGAAAGAGAAAAUGGCAAGAUCUAAUGAUAAAGAAUGGGUUAAGUCUAAAUAAUGAUAGCCCUGUUAGAUUUCCUGCCAGAUCAGAAAAAUUGAAAAGAUAUAUACGGAAGGGUAUUCCAGCAGAAUGGAGAGGUAAUGCUUGGUGGUUCUUUGCGAAGGGCCCAGAAAAGCUGAAGAAUAACCAAGGUGUUUACGAUACUCUCGUUGAGAGUACUUUGCAUUUGAAGAACAAAGAUACCGAGAUCAUUGAAAGAGACUUGAACAGAACAUUCCCAGAUAAUGUCCAUUUUAAACCAGAUAGAGUUGAUAGUUCACAUGAGUCCAAUGAGGAGACUGCAUUAAUCGAAGCCUUACGAAGAGUACUGGUAGCAUUCUCUGCUUAUAACCCCAAAAUUGGGUACUGCCAGUCGUUGAAUUUUAUUACAGGUCUGCUAUUGAUAUUUAUGGAUGAAGAGAAGGCGUUUUGGAUGUUGGUAAUCAUAACAACUGGAUAUCUUCCAGGUGUUCAUGAAGUUAGUCUGGAAGGUGUUAACGUGGAUCAAGGUGUAUUGAUGCUCGCCUUAAAGGAAUACUUACCAGAGGCUUGGAAUGUCGUUUCAAACAUUAGAUUCGACGAUCAAUGCUCGGGUCGAAAUGAUUUGAAGAACCACGAUUUCCUGCUCAAAUUACCACCUGUUACACUCUGUACUUCUAGUUGGUUUAUGAGUGCAUUUAUCGGAAUAUUACCAAUUGAAACAACGCUGAGGGUAUGGGAUUGUCUCUUUUACGAGGAGUCAAACAUAUUGUUCAAAGUUGCUCUGUCCGUUUUCAAACUGAUUGAGCCCAAAAUCCAACAUAUCAAUGAUGAAAUGGAGGUGUUUCAAGUAAUUCAAAACACUCCCAAGUCAAUAUUAGACCCAAAAGAUUUGUUCGAUAUCAUGUUCAAGAGAAGGAUAGGGUUCAAUAACUUGACGCAGGAUGAAGUUGUCAGAUGUAAGAAAUAUGUUGCCGAUAGAAGACAGAGGGCACAUGUUGACGGUACUUCUGAUACCGGUGAUGUGAAUUUCAAUAGACAGUUAUUAGCCGAGUCUCUAUGGCAGCCAGAUCUGUAUGGGUUUAAAAGGGGAUUGCCAGGUGUUCAUUGGAACAAUAAUCUUACAAGAAAGAUGAAAUCAAAGAUUAGAAGAAAUAACAAUCAUAGCUGAAUUUCGGAUACUUGACAGAGAAGAAAACACUCUUAACAUGGAGAAAAAAAAAAGAGAUAUUACCGCAUGUUUGAGCUAAAUCAGAGAGAAAAAGACAUAUAAAAGCGUGGAAUUGUUGAUUAACUGUUCAUUUAUUUAGUAAGUUCCCAUCCAUCUUGUAGUCUUUGGAUUAUCGCUUUGGAGUCUAUACCCUUGGACUUUAAGAGUUGUUCAAUUUCAUUCCAUGGAAUGGCAACUUCGGUUGAUUCUUCUGGCUCAGGUGUAGAGACCUGCGCUGGGGUAGUCGAUGGUGUUCCAACAAUCGCAGUAAAUUUGACCUCACUAUUAUCAUCUUGUGCAAUGUCACUAAUCAAUGAUGAAUCGUGUAUAACUUUACCCUUCAGCAACAAUUUUAUCUGUGAUGGUUCUAGUGAGCCAACGUC